AUGUCAAUUCUUAGAUUAAUAUUUAUUUUUGUUCCUCUUAUCGUUGUUUUUUGUGGGUUAUGAAAUUUUGUUUCUAACCGAAAACAUUUACUUAGAGUCCUUCUAAGUUUAGAAUUUAUUAUAUUAGGCAUUUUUUGAGUCAUAGUAAUUUGUUUAGCUAAAGUAGGAAUCGAAGCUUAUUUUACUUUAUUUUUUUUAACUAUAGCAGCUUGUGAGGGUGCUUUGGGUCUUUCUUUAUUGAUUUCUAUUGUGCGGACUCAUGGUAACGAUUGUUUCAGAAGUUUUAGAACACUACAAUGUUAA